AUGUCCUCGCUGGGACCACAGAGCGUUGGCUUCACCACAGAGCUGGCCGACGGGUUGGCCGUCUUUGACCUGGACUUUGACGAUCACCGCGGCGAAUGCGCCGUGUUGCUGUCCAUGGACCCGUGGGGCACACUGCUGAGCCGCUCGCUGAAGGCACUGCAUGCGCAAGGAGUGGGUCGAAGUACGGGCUACUCGCCGGCACUCUUCCUGGUGAGCGCACCCAGGGACCUGCACCCGCGCGCGCUGCUGUCGCCGGCCCUGCUCGCACUGGACGCUGUGGCACCGGAGCUGCUGCGCGCUCUGUUCGUGGUGACGUUCGUGUCGACCGACACGUCUUACGCCAAGCUGUGGAAGGACCGCGGAACGCAGCAGCUCUACCGGCAGAUGGUGGCACGAACUUCGGUCAGUGAAGUGUACGCUGCUUUCCGUUACUUCAACGCCAUCUCGCUUCUCGUCACUGCCCUCUGGCGGUCAUCCAAGUCGAAACCGUCAAACGGGGCCCCUGCUUUUUCGGUGCCGGCCAGCUCCUUUUUCAUCAACGGCACUUUCCCUAGUCUGCCAACCUCCACCAGUUGGGCGGACGCUCGGGGACAGGUUCAGAGUAAAGCCGUGCUGUUGGACUACAGUCCUGGAGCUCGGGGCUUCGUGUCGGUGCGCGAGACGGAGUUCCGCGAUGCUGCCCAGCCGCUCCGCAGCGGAGCCUACCAGGUCUCGGAUCGCGGCUCUUCGCGAUCCUGGAUAGGGCGCGUCGACUGGCCGGGAGGUCGCCGGCUCGAGCCGGACCCCGAGUGCGUCCUCAAGGAGGUCAACUGCGGAGGAUCAUGGUCCAGUUUUCCCCUAACAAGUGGAGAAACGGUGGGAGUGACAGCGUCCCUGAUAGUGUGCAUAUCGGCAGCCUUGGGAGUCACGGCUCUGGUCAGACGCAAAUUGGCUGUCAAACAAAUGCGCCGACGAAUUCUGCUCUCGCAACAAGACAUCAGCCUCUCACCUCCAACUAAAAAGGCUUUCGAUGGUUACUACUUCGAACGUCCAGACAUACUGAAGGGCUCCCACGAUUCCCUCAGGCAGGUACACACCAACAGCAGCCUUCAGAGUCUGCACGCCAGCCUCGACGAAAGGCCUAAUUGUGCAAGGCUAAAGGCGAAGGGAGAUACAGUUUACCUAAAGUAUCUCAUAGUCCAUAGCGCCUUCGAGAUCAAGACGAAAGCAAUGAAGCAACUUCAGAUAAUGUAUGAGAUGCGCCACGAGAACAUCAAUUCCUUCCUGGGUUGCUUGGCGGACCCGUCGAAGCCGGCGCUCGUGUGGGAGAUGUGCACGCGAGGUUCGCUCACCGACGUGCUGGCAAGCGAGGACAUCCGCCUGGACUGGACAUUCCGCCUGUCGCUACUCAACGACCUUGUUAAGGGUAUGAGGUACCUGCACAACUCGCCAAUAAGACAGCACGGACACCUGACGUCACGUAACUGCGUCAUCGACUCACGCUGGGUGCUCAAAGUCACCGACUACGGUAUGCCCGCCUUCCAGGAUCUUCAGGCCAUCGCAACUCUAGUAAGGUCAGCCAAAGACUUGUUGUGGACGGCGCCCGAGCUGCUCCGCGGAGACUGUUCUCUGCUGCGUCGUGGCACUCAGUCCGGCGAUGUGUACAGCUUCGCCAUCGUGAUGCAGGAGGUGUUGCUCCGGGGAGACCCCUACUGCAUGCUGCCCCUAACGGCCGAAGAAAUCAUAGAGAAGUUGAAGCACCCGCCGCCUCUCAUCAGGCCGUCCGUGUCGAAGCAAACAGCCCCACCCGAAGCCCUGCACAUAAUGCGUCAAUGCUGGGCGGAGUCUCCCGACAUGCGGCCCGACUUCGACGUCAUCACGGACCGCUUCAAGUCGUUGUAUCACGGGAGGAAAGCAAACAUCGUGGAAACGAUGUUUCAAAUGCUAGAAAAGUACUCGAACAACCUCGAGGACCUUAUCAGAGAGCGGACAGUGCAGCUGGAUGAAGAGAAGAAAAAGACCGAGCACCUUCUCAACAGAAUGCUCCCGAGCUCUGUGGCAGAGACCCUCAAGGCCGGCCUGCCCGUAGUGCCAGAGAAGUUCGAGGAAGUGACCGUUUACUUCAGCGAUAUCGUCGGCUUCACGACCAUAUCAGCGUACAGCGAACCUAUGGAGAUUGUAGACUUUCUCAACGACCUCUACACGGCUUUCGAUUCGACUAUCAAUCACUACAACGUCUAUAAGGUGGAGACCAUCGGAGACGCGUACAUGGUGGUGGGUGGGCUACCUGAGCGCAACCGAGACCACGCCGAGCAGGUGGCUACCAUGGCUCUCGACCUCCUGCACCUGUGCGGCCGCUUUCGCAUCCGGCACAUGCCAAACGUGCCUCUCAUGCUUCGCAUCGGACUGCACACAGGGGCUGUCGUGGCUGGAGUGGUGGGUCUUACCAUGCCACGAUACUGCCUCUUUGGUGACACUGUGAACACGGCGUCCAGAAUGGAGUCUACGGGAAGAGCGUACCGCAUCCACAUCAGUAAGACAACAGAGAAAAAGCUACGACAAGCCGGAGGCUACAUUGUCAAGUACAGAGGAGAGAUUGUGCUCAAGGGCCGUGGUCGACAGCCCACGUAUUGGCUGAUAGGAAAACAAGGCUUCAACAAGGCUCUGCCCGAGCCGCCUCAGGAUGACGACUGGAACAAUCACGGAUUCAAGGACGAGGAGAUAUUCAAGGCACUGGGUCGCAAGAAAGCGGACGAUAUCCUGGACGCCCCGGCGUCACCACUGUCCCCGUACGGCAACAAGACUGCCGUAGGCGGCUACGGCGGCGACGGCUCCGCAGGAGGCUGCAUAUCGGCGUCACUGCCCGACAGGGACGACGCUCGCGUGGAACGACCUUCCGUCGCGUCGGCGCAGGAUUUCGGUCUACCGGACAGCCUGAGCCCGUGCCUGAGUCCCGUCAGUCCUAGUCACUCGUGGCACGCAGUGCCGACCUCCUGGAACUGCGAGUCGAGAAAGACCGCUGCCGACUUUUGCGUGGGAGCUGCCACCACGUUGUCCGCAGCGGCGACCGGAGUCGCGGGCUUGGGAGCGGGUCUCAAGAAGAGCAACAAGGUGGCCGCCAAGGAGUCUGAGCCGGCGGUCCAGCCGUCCUGGCCCGAGAACCACGUCACUGCCAUCGACGACCCUAGCGUAAUGCAUCCUGGCAUCUGUGGCAGUGCUGUGUGCGGUGAUGUGAGUGGUGGCAAAGACUCCUCCGAGGAGCGGUCUUCGUGGCCUGCCACGAGGAACACGUCCCCUUCGCAGUCUUCGUGGCUCAGGCAUAGCUGCAGCUCGUUGAGGCAGCUGUCGUCACCUAGCGACACGGAACAUGUGUGACUGUUCCUCCGAGCGGCGU